AUGGCAUCAUCUCUAACACCAGCAUACAUCCGUAUAGCUGGACCUUCCACAUCACACAUGAAGUUUAGAAACUCAACCAUCACAAUAGACGAUGCAACGCCACUAGUUAAAGAAGACCCUGAAAAGAUCGCAUUAUCACUUCUGACGGGUCGAAAAGACCGUCGAUUGUCCAUAAUUAAUAAACAGUGGCAGAAAUUUGUACAUUGGGCCAAAAAUACCGGGUUCGAUGUAGUGUUUGCUUUGAACAAUGCGGAGAAGACGUCUUCGGGUAUGUGGGAUCCCAAUGGUGCUCUGAAUAUAUUGUCAGUAGCAGAAAAGGCUAAUAUUGGUGACAUAGUCUGGCAGUUAGGUUAUGAAUGCACCAACCAGUCCAUUGAAGAGUAUCUCAACGAUUUAGAGACACUCCGAGUGAUUGUCGAAACCUUCCCCCCUGGUAGGUCUCCUUCGUGGCGGGUAGUAGGUGGGGAUGUAACGCCCUGCCUCCAAGCCGACUCAAAAAGUGACUUUAAGGACUACAUCAGCUUGUCCAACGAUAUGAUGGAUGCAAUAUUGCUCAAUGGGAACUCCUCAGCUCAGCAAUUAGAAAGAAUGUCGGAAUCAGAUCGUCGCAAAUUGUUAAAACUUCUAAGCCAUAGUGACACACCUCUGUGGCUGACUGAGAAAACACAAAGUCAUUACGACGAGUUGGAGAGAGCUGCCGAAUGGCUCGCCAGUCUUGGUUACUCAGCAAGAAAUGGGUUUUCAAUGCACUUCAGGGAGUUAUUGGAAGAUGAGCUCCAUGAGCCAACCUUGAGUUUUUACAUGGCGCUUCUCUAUAAGAACCUAGUGGGAGAGCGCGUCCUCGACGUAGAUAUGACGGUUUCACGAGCAACACUGUUCGCGCAUUGUGCAUCUUUGCGUCGCAAGCCAGUACCUGGGGCGGUCACUCUUUACGGCGCGAACAUGGGUGACGAACCAGCGAGAUUCUCCCUUAAGCUGUCAAAGAGAGAAGAAGGUGGUGAUAUUAUGCAGUUUAUUUUUGGACGUGACAGCAGUGGGAACAUCAUCGUAAACGGACGAGCAAUGUAUUUAGAGGGUGAUAUCAGGCCAGUGGUUAAACGUGUUCGACCCUACAAGACCCUUCUGCUCAAUCUUCCACCGAAGUCUUUUGGAUUUUGGGUCUUAGCUAACACUCAGGUUGAAGCCUGUCAUUACAAAGAUGAGUCAAAAAUGGAAACUGAGUUCAUUGAAGCUAUACCUAUAGAAGAUGAUAAUACAGAAGAAAUUAUGAACGUCGUUAAAAGAAGACGAUCAUCUAUAAGAAAACGCGAUGUUAGUAAUUUAGAUAUGUCGUUUGAAAUCAUUGAUGAUGAUUAUACUGGCGUGUUAUCAUCACUUGAUGUUGAAAGUAAAAAUGACGCUUUACGUAGGCAAAUAGAUAGCCUCAAUAAUGAGUUAAAAAACUUUCAUGAAUUAGUGAUUUCUAAGAAAGGUCAAAAAAAUGAUCAAUUUCCAAUGAGAUUUAAGCGACAAGCAGUUGACAGAGAAAAUAGAAAGCAAUCGAUAAAUUACGGUACGAAAUCAAGAAGAUCUAAACAAAUGUAUGAAAAAUCAGAUUUUAAAUCUAAUUUAAUAGACAAAAUAUUGCAGCUGAAAAAUGAAAAACUGGCAAAAUUAGACAAGGGUAGGUUUAGUAGAAAAAAUUUCAAAAGAUCUAACACUAAAGCGUGUUCCGAUGAAGAUUAUGUUACUAACGAAGAAAAGGUAUCUAGGAAACGUCGAAGCGUGAUUAAGGAAAAAACUCUUAAUAGUUUGGAAAAUGCAAUGAGAAGUAAAAACAUAAAACAUAGAAUGAAUAAUGUUAAAAGUAUAGAAGAGACGUCAGAAAAUGAAAUAGACAUUAGUGAAGAUCAGUUUGGUGUUGGAAAUAUUUUGCACAAGUUGAAAGGUACUUUGCGUCAUUUACCAAUAGAAAUUGAAGAGAACAUUGAAAAAGUAGAUGAUGGUAAGGAAGAACUAUCUUCGAAUACAAAUGAAAUAACAUUGAAAACAAAAUUAUCAGAUGACGGUGCAGUUAUUAAUAUUAGUGAGAAAACAAAUAAUGGGUUAUUAAAAUCGACUUAUGAAGAUUUGUUAUCUCUAUUGACUGAUUUAAAUAAACAUUUGAAUAGGUUUUGGAGUACAUUUACGUUAUUAGAGUAA